CCAUUUUACGGAAGUGAGCAGAGGUAAUCAGACACCUGUGGUGCCGGGUGCUACAGGUCCCCUCCCAGGAAGGGAGGGAUCUGAAGGGAGGCGUCCCCGGACUGGGUAGACCAGCGAGACGCAUUUUUUUUCCAACCUGGAGGUUUUUUUUUUCCUCACACAACAGCUCACAGGAGUUUCCUGCAAACUGAGACAGACACACGCAAAGGAAGACAGAGUCAAACUUGAAGAACGGCUCAGUCAUGGACUCCAGACUGUAAACCAGCACAUAAAGAAGAAUAACCCACACCAUUAUGGACAAUGCUGCUCCGCUUGUUGGAAUAGUUGGAAAUGCUUUGUGAAAGGCAGGUGAACUCUGUUCUCUCCCAGGGAGAUUACAGCAGGACAUGUUUCCAGCCGCUGAACAGCUUGACUUAUCUUGCAGCGUCAUGGGAAUCUUGCUCGCACAUCUGAGACUAAAGUGAACUACGGAUAAUAUACAGUCAGUAGUAGUCCUUAUGUGAUAGAACGAAAGUCUGCUAUAUGUUACCUGUUUGUGUGUCUCUUAACUCACUUAACAGGAUUGUACGAUAGCAUUUUUAUAAUUUGUGCCCUCCUGGAGAAGGUAAGAGGAGCUGGGGAGAUUUGUUCAUACAAAGGCCUUUUGUUUUCAGCCAACGGUAGAAGUGGAACAGGAGCAGCUUGGAUAACUGGAGGUGGGGAGAUGAACCUUUUGUGACAUUUUCAAUGGACACUUUGCUAGAGCUACUACCUGUUUUGGUUUGGCUCUCUUUUGCUUUCAGUUGGUGUGACAUCUUGAAUAAAAAUGGACAGUUCAAGUAAUGGCUUCGAUGGACAGCCCACAAGUUCCCUCUUAAAUGUCUUCAGCAAUCUCUUCACAAGGGAUAGAUCUCCCUCCUCAGACGUGGAACCGGCUGUGCUGAUGUCUUUCAAGGAAAUGUCAGAUGGCAUGUCAGAAAGUCCUCUUGCUGAAGGUGGUCAAACUAUGAACAGUGAGAACAAGCUCAAAUGGAGGGAAGAUGUGUUUCAGGGUGAGGAGAGUGGUGAAAAAUGGGAAACUUGCAAGGAGUCUGGCAACCAAGUUAAAGCAACACCUGGAGGCUCAGCUGACCAAGAUCUAGUCCUGGUCACUAGGGUGGAAACGUAUAGUGACACAGAAAUUGAGGAGGAGGAGACAGGCCGAAGCAGAAGUAGCCUGUCAGAGAAGCUAGGCAGGAGCGGGGGACCCAAGCUACCUGAGGAGGACAAUAAUACAAUGGACCAUGGUGAUGGAGAUGAGCUGAAAGAUGGUACUGAGGCAGAGGCAGAGUACCAAGUGCCUGUGUUUAGAACACACAGACUUAAGGAGAGAUCUCGCAUAGAAACUAUUCUAUACUCAGACCAGCCCAGAGUCAGCAGAACUGACUCUGAGACAGUUCUGGUCUCAUCGGUUUCCAAACAGGAAGAGGACUCCAGUCCCAAUGAGAAUCCCAACACCAUGUUUAAGGGUGUAGAAACACUGGGUGGAGGAGAGAAUAGUGGGGAAAAUGUGGGAAUAGAUGAAAGCAACGAUUAUACUGGCAUAGAUUGUUCUCUGCCUGGUCCCUCCAUCAUCUCUGGACAUCUGGCUUUAGAGGCUGCAGAUCAUAAUGCUGCAGUGGCCUUUAAAUUAAAGCAGCAUGACUUAGACAGUACACAAAGGGCGUAUUCACAUGCGCACAUACACUCCAGCCAGGUGUCUUCCUCUGUUCCUUUCAGCUCUAGGACUUCUGAAGUCUCAGUCCAAUCUAGUCCAGAGGAGCAGUCAGACACUGCUGGUAUGACAAAUUCAGAUUUUAAGGAACCCAUGUUGGUGUCGUCUGCACCCGAAGAGUCCACAGGUGACAUCAAGCCAAGUGGCAGCCCUGUCUCACAGCGUGCAACUGCUGCAAAGACACCAGAAACAAAUACGCCACCUCCAGCAACAUCUGUUGCCACUCCCUCUACCUCCUCCACGUCGUCCCCGUCCAGGGGCACGUUGCUCUCUUCAACCCCUUCCUUCCAGAUGCCAGCUCUUUUCAGUGGUUUGCGGGUGCUGAAGAAAGGAGUGGCGGGGGACGAGAGGGAGACGCUGUCAGAGAUCAAGCAGAGUGAGAAGGAUGCUGACUUGGCUCUGCUCAGCUUGAAGAAGACGGUAAACAAGGCUAAGCUCUUCCCAGAGCAGAAGACAGCUUCUCCAGCCAAAAAACAUGCGGAGCCUAAACCCAUCGCGGACACUAAAAGCACCGUAAUGGGACAUCUCAGUCACCUCCUUAACCUAGACAACCACAAGGAGACCAAAAAGUCAGAUGAUGGGCAAGAGGCUAAUCCUGAACACAACAGACUAAAUGAGUCUGAGAAUGGAGAAGAGGAUGUGGGAGGGAAAACUCCAGAUGCAAAGAGCACCACAUCGCCACCUGAAAUAAGGAAAACUGCGGACUUGGCCUAUGAAACCUUCAGGAACUUCUUUGGCCCCAAAAAUGUCAAAAAGGAAAAAACAGAAAAUGUGGAUCUGGAGGCAGUGAAAAAGAAAAUCAAGAACGACAAGGAAAAUCUGAGGUCUAUUUUCGAGAGAGCCUCCAAAUCUCCCGGCAAGGAACACAAAACUCUCACAGAAGUUAAUACAGAGCUCACGUCCCCAGCAGACAGUGAGGACCGGACUCCAGGGCGUCUUCAAGCUGUGUGGCCCCCACCCAAAGCAAAAGAUGAGGAAGAGAAGGUGGGGCUCAAGUACACCGAAGCAGAGCACCAGGCUGCCCUCUUGCAGCUGAAGAGAGAGUGCAAGGAAGAAUUGGAGAGGAUGCAUUCAGAUUUUGAGCUCCAGAUCUUCCAGCUUCGAGGUGAGCAUGCUGUCUCAAUAUCACACCUGGAGGGAGUCGUUGCCAAGAUGCAGAGAGACAAGGCAUACAAUACAAGUCAGGAGCGAGGUGAGGUCCGCAAUGUUGCUGUAUCCACUGCAGACAACCCGACACCCAAGACGUGGCGCACUGUGGGUAUCCAGACUGACAGGGAAACCUUCAUCAAGAGCCCUGAGGGUGACGGCAGUGGGCUAGCUCAAAGCCCCACCCAGACCAUCCCGAAAAAACUUAACUUUGACUCUAUCGGACUAAAUCUGGGGGUUAAAGCUGAAACAGCCCCAGGGACUCCCGGACCACCCCCACCACCUCCUCCACCUCCCCCACCAGGCCUCUCAGGACCACCACCACCACCCCCUCCUCCUCCCCCUCUGCCAGGUAUCAUGGGAGCACCGCCACCGCCCCCUCCACCACCUCCACUCCCUGGAGGUGGCAUGCCACCCCCACCACCUCCCCCUCCCCCUCCUGGCCUACCUGGAGUUGGUCCACCUCCUCCCCCCCCUCCUCCAGGCUGUGGCCCCCCACCUCCUCCUUCCAUGAAAGGAUUCGGUUUUGGUCAGAAGGUGGAAAAGGCUCCACGGAAGUCUGUCAUUGAGCCAGCCCAUCCCAUGAAGCCUCUGUACUGGACCAGGAUACAGAUACAGGACAAUAACAACAGCACACUGUGGGGUUCUCUGAAGGAACCAGACAUUGUCAACACCAAGGAAUUCGAAGAUCUUUUUUCCAAGGCCACACUGCAGCCGAAGAAGAAGCCCCUGUCGGACACCUAUGAGAAGAAAGCCAAAACUAAGAAGAUAAUCAAGCUGCUGGACGGGAAGCGUUCACAAGCCGUUGGCAUCCUCAUAUCCAGCCUGCACCUGGAAAUGAAAGAUAUUCAGCAAGCUGUUCUUACUGUGGACAACUCUGUGGUGGAUUUGGAGACCAUUGAGGCUUUAUAUGAAAAUAGGGCCACCGCUGAUGAGAUGGACAAGAUAAAGAGACAUUAUGAGAACUCCAAAGAAGAUGAAGUCAAACUGCUGGACAAACCUGAACAGUUUCUCUAUGAGCUCUCCCAGAUUCCUGACUUUGCGGGCCGGGCUCACUGUAUCAUCUUCCAGUCAGUAUUCCUUGAUACCAUCUCCUCCAUCCGUCGCAAGGUGGACAUUAUCUCCAAUGUCUGCAAAGCGCUGCUUGAGUGCGAUAGUUUGCGGGAUGUAAUGGGUCUUGUUCUGGCCUUUGGGAACUAUAUGAAUGGAGGGAACAGGACCAGAGGUCAGGCUGACGGCUUUGGACUGGAGAUCCUCCCCAAACUAAAGGAUGUCAAGAGCAGGGACAAUCGUAUCAAUCUGCUGGAUUAUGUGGCUUUAUACUACCUGCGUAAUUUUGACAAGCAUGCUGGUACAGAUAAGAGUGUGUUCCCUAUGCCGGAGCCUCAGGAUUUCUUCCAGGCUGCCCAGGUCAAGUUUGAUGACCUCACCAAGGACAUCAGGAAGCUAAAGAGAGAUUUGACUGCUUGUGAGAGGGACGUGCAGAAGGUGUGUACUAACUCAACAGAGGAAAACCUCCAGCCCUUCAAGGAGAAGAUGGAGGGAUUUGUCUCUUCUGCUCAAAAGGAGCAUUCUGCUGAAGAGGACCGGCUCAACACAGCACAGAAAAGUUUCCAGGACACGGUGAGCUACUUUGGGCUUAAGCCAAAGCCCGGAGAGAAAGAUGUAGCCCCGAGUUACAUCUUUAUGUUCUGGUACGAGUUCUGCAGUGACUUCAAGAACACCUGGAAACGACAAAGCAAGAACAUCUCCAAGGAGAGGUUGAAGGAAGCUCAAGAAAACAUCAAGAAGAUCACGGCAGAGAAGAGAGUCGAAACCAAGAAGAUCAACGCCAACAGUUUGAAAGAGAGGCUGCGGCAGAAGGAAGCCAGCGUGUCGUCCAGCUGAGUGCUGGAGAAGAUCACAGACGAGAAAAUGUGCAGGCCUCGUCUCUCCUGCAUUUAGCACCUGCCUCAAUAACACUGGACUGCCCUCUGUGCCCCGUACGGACUCACAAUAAAACCUCGUCGGGCUCUUACUUCUCCCACUGCCGUAGCUCUGCCCUACUAACAGCACUGGACACCCCCACCCGUCCCCACUUUACACUCCGCCACCCUCACGUUGAGCUCCCUCCGCAGUGAGGAUGCGUGGCUGACACAGCCGAAGUGAUGAGAGUCUGAAAAGCCAAAGGUUGACCUCAUUCAUCCAGCAUGGCGUGACCUCUGAGUUCCCAGCUUGUGAAAGGUCUCAAAGGGUCAGUGGGAUUCACAACAGUGCCAGCUGACAUAUCCCCAAGGUUCCUUCUGGGUCUCAAGAAGCUGAGAAUGUAACAUCAGACACAUUCAGAGUGUUAAGACAGAUUGUUGUACAAACAGAUUUGGCUGCCUGGAGAUUUCUGCUCAGAGGAAAAUCCCUGUUGACUAAAAAACAACCCCUCUCUCUCUCUCUCUCUCUCUCUCUCUCUGUCUCAAAGCAGUAAGAAAGCAGCAGCCAGGGUCCUUUUGCUGUAGCGAAUAGCUUUUCAUUCACCACGGCUCAUUAAAAAGUCUUGUAAAUACAUAUAAGCAGGGACCGUGCAGUUUAGUUCUGCCGGAUGAGCAAUAUGAUAAAUGAUCUGCGCUGGGCUUCGAGCGCAGAUAAAGACAUGUCGUGUAUAAAUGUGCGCACGCGUACAGAUCAGUAUGUGGAGGAAGUUUCACUGUGUCACGCUGCACUGCACUGCACCGCACCAGACUGACCUCUCCUGGGUGACGGCCGGAGAAGAGCAGAACCCACCUAACCUCGGCCCCCUCACAUACAAACAUGUCCUCAAAAAUGUCAGAAGAACACAACAGGUCUUGGCCAUAAACCCACUCAUCCAUGGUAUUAAAUUAAUUCAUUUUAUUAAUAGCUAUAUGCAAAGCUAUUAAUCUCUUAUUGAUUGCUGUACAUCACGUUGUGUCCGGCACACUUUGAAGCACUUUCCUGCUUGUAGUAGCUGUGUGUUGUAGCUCACUUUAAGCCACACUCCCCUGUUAUGGUAACUGCGUGCAUUUUUCAGAUGUAUUGCACUUUUUUGCACCUCUUUUCCUAUGCAAGGUUAUGUUUUUCCUUGUUAUAAGAUUCAUUAAUUGUAUUGUCUCAUGAUGAAAUCCUAUUAGAUUUUUUUUUUUUUUUUAUUUCUAAGAAAGUGUACCAAGUUUUAUUUUCACAAAUGUAAGAUGUAACCACGUUCCUGUGUCAUUCAAGAAAAGUCUAUUUAUGUAAGGAAAGAUUUAUUUUAUGCCAAAAAAAAAAAAAAACACCACACAUUAGCUUUGUUCCCUUUGAGGCUGUAUUUUUAUGAGUUGUAAUUUAGUUGACUGAGAAGCUGCCUGAUAGGUCAGUCAGAUGAAAGAUAUAUUUUCACAUGGAUGUCACUUGUGUGUAGAAUGAAGGCGGUUGCCUUUUCUGUUUUGGGUAGUUCAGAACAUUCGAGCAUAUCACCUGAAGCCAUGUGAGUUGUAAUACCUCAGACAGACUUCCAUUAUCAGAGUAUCCAUAAAACUGCACCUUGAAUUACUUUUUUUACCCUCUAAAGUCUGUGACAUGUGCCAUUUAUUUUGUAUAAAAAUCUAAAUAUUUCAGAAGCAUUUUACUCCAGUUUGAAAAAGAAAAGCGAGCUGAUACUGACCAAGGAAUUGUUGAAGCCUCUACUGUAUGUUUGUCAGUUUGUGUAACCCUCAGUAGCUCUCAUGUACAGUAGGUGCUCUGUAAUUUUAUGGAAUUGUUUUAAAUUUCAAGAAUAAACUCCCGGAUGCUGAAAAAACCAGACUUGUUUUAAA